AUGCAGAUAGUGUCUGACUCAAAUCACACAAGUGUUGCUGAAUUUAUUUUUGUUGGCUUUACUGGCGUAAGACAAGCUCCACAGUUAAUAGGAGUCACAUUUCUUAUCAUCUAUCUAAUGACUCUUCUUGGCAACCUUUUCAUUUUAUAUGUGAUCAAAAAGGAAGAAAAAUUACAAACGCCAAUGUAUAUUAUUAUCUGUAACCUUGCUUUGUCUGAUCUCAUAUACAGCACAGUUAUAAGCCCUAAACUAAUCCAGUCCUAUCUGCUUGAUUCAAAUGCAAUACAAUUCCAUGUGUGUUUCCUCCAGAUGUAUUUCUUCCACUUUGCUGGCUCGGUGGAUUCUUUCAUGAUGCUUGUGAUGGCAAUAGACCGCUAUGUUUCAAUAUGUUUCCCUUUAAGGUACCCUACUUUAAUUACCAAUAAAAAUGCACAAAUCCUGUGCAUUGUAGCCUGGAUAAUAGGAGCAAUCAGUCCACUGCCUGCAGUUAGCUUUUCUGCUAUACUUCCUUUUUGUGGUCCUAAUAAGAUAAACCAUUUGUACUGUGAACAUCGUUUAGUUGCCAGCCUCGCUUGCACUGACACAACUUUCAAUAUGUUUUUGGCAUUUAUAAUAGCGUGUAUAGUCUUAAUUGUUCCAUUUUCAAUUAUUUUGCUUUCUUAUUUAAAAAUAAUCAUCACUGUACUUAAGAUUGCAUCAUCAGAAGGUAGGAAGAAGGCAUUUUACACAUGCAGCACACAGCUUAUUGUGAUUUCCAUUUUUUUCAUUCCAAGAUUAUUUGUAUAUAUUGCUUCAGUAGCUGGGGUUUAUAUGCCAGAUGUGGCCCGUGCCUCUUUGGGUGUCAUUUAUUGCCUCCUUCCUCCAUUAGCAAACCCAGACUGGGGCACUCCGGUGGUGGCAAUGCUGGCAGCUGCGUUGGUCCCUCUGCUCAUGCAGCUGGCUUUCGCUGUGCUCCCUUCAGCAGCAGGUGUAGUGGCUGCUGAGGUUGGCCCACCAGUUGCCAUUCUGACUCUGUAG